CGGUCUGACUUCUUCAGUGUUGCAGCGAAACCCAAAGCGUGAGGUCUUCUCUGCCAAUUCCCGCAUUCAAUCGCAAUCAUGAAAUUUAUCCUGAUACUCUGUCUCAUCUCAGUGUCCGUCACACUCGGUCACGCAUUGAAAUGCUAUUUUUCGAUUGAGUCCAAGAUAGUAAAUACAGCAAGACUUGAAAUACCAUGUUUGACACCGUGUGCAAAGUCUUCGGCGCCAUUACCUGAUGGAUCAUCGUUGACAAUGCGAGCCUGUGUCGACACAUUUGAGAAAUUCACGGAUCCUGAAACUUUGAGUCAUUUGACACCGGAUCAACGGGAUGGUCUGCGUGGUGUAAAUUUCGCAAACAUACACUCUUGCAGAUCGGAUCUCUGCAACAGCGCACAUUCCGUCGUCGCAACAUCUCUCUUGCCAUUACUAAUCAGUGCUAUCGUUACUGCAUUCGCAGUUUAUUAAAAUCACUUUACAUAAAAUAAUUGUACUUACCUAUAAAAUGUACGAAUAUAUUUACUAAUUACUAAAGUAUUGAAUAAAUGGGAAAAUAAACGUA